CGGAGUCGCAGUGCGCGCGCGGCGGAGCUGCACGGAGGAAAUACGGCACUGGACUAACGCCGAGAGAAGAAAGUUUCUACGAAAGACAAAAGAAAAUCACAAACCCACUCUAUGAGGCUGCUUUUGCUCAAAGUGCUCCCUGGGAACUUCAGUCUUUUUCUCGUUUUUUAAAAGGAUGUAUUAUUGCUGACGCUUUUAACAGAGGAGAUGGAUAAGAUGUCCACAGACAUGAGGAAUUACAGAUUUUGGGUUGUUCUGUCAUUUUGGAGUCUGAUGCAUAUUUGUGAAGGACUGCGCUGCUUGGACUCACACAGACCGUGUGAAAAUGGGGGAAUGUGUAUUGACUCGAGAUGCAUGUGCCGGCCUGGGUAUAUCGGACAGCUGUGCCAACACCUGGACCCAUGCCAUCGUUCGCCAUGCCUUAACGGAGCCGCUUGCAAAAGUCAAGUGGGAAACGGUGUCCCGCAGUAUACCUGUGUGUGCCAGAGAGGCUUUAGAGGUCAGGACUGCUCUCUGAUCGAUGCCUGUGCUACAAGCCCAUGUGCCAAUGGUGCCCGCUGCACCAAUUGGAACAACCACUACAACUGUUCAUGCCCACCUGGCUACCAGGGCAAGAACUGUCGCAACGACAUCGACGAGUGCCGGAAGCCGGGAAAGUGCCUAAACGGAGGCAACUGUGUGAACACACAUGGCUCGUUUGGCUGCGAGUGCCUUCCUGGUUACAGCGGGCGCACGUGUGAGGUCCUUACUCAGCCCUGCGCGCCAUCUCAGUGCCUCAAUGGGGGAACCUGCCAUCAAACCGGGGACCACACUUACGAAUGUGCCUGCCUUCCAGGAUUCAGUGGCCUUAACUGUGAGAUGAACGUGGAUGACUGUCCUGGGCACAAGUGCAUGAAUGGUGGGAUUUGUGUGGAUGGAGUUAACACCUACAACUGCCAGUGCCCACCUGAGUGGACAGGUCAGUACUGUGCUGAGGAUGUGAACGAGUGCUUGAUGCAGCCAAACGCCUGCCACAACGGUGGCACGUGCUUCAACACCAACGGCGGCCACACGUGCGUGUGUGUGAACGGCUGGACUGGCAACGACUGCAGUGAAAACAUCGAUGACUGUGCCACUGCCGUUUGCUUUAAUGGAGCCACGUGUCAUGACCGUGUGGCGUCUUUUUUCUGCGAGUGUCCAGUGGGCAAGACUGGUCUGCUUUGCCACCUGGAUGAUGCCUGUGUCAGUAACCCCUGCAACGAAGGUGCAGUGUGUGACACCAACCCUCUGAACGGCCGUGCCAUCUGCACAUGCCCAGCUGGCUUCAUCGGUGGGGCCUGUAACCAGGACAUGGACGAGUGUUCCAUCGGUGCCAACCCAUGCGAGCACUUUGGAAAGUGCGUGAAUACAGAGGGAUCGUUCCAGUGCCAGUGUGGCCGUGGCUAUACUGGCCCUCGCUGUGAGAUCGACAUCAAUGAGUGCCUGUCCAUGCCCUGCCAGAACGACGCCACCUGCCUUGACCGUAUCGGCCAGUUCUCCUGUAUCUGCAUGCCUGGCUACACUGGCACACACUGCGAGGUGGACAUAGAUGAGUGCGAGAGUAAUCCCUGUGUCAAUGAUGGCAUCUGUAGAGACCUGGUCAACGGUUUCACCUGCACCUGCCAGCCAGGCUUCACAGGCACCAUGUGCCAGAUCGACAUCGACGAGUGUGCCAGCACGCCCUGCCAGAAUGGAGCCAAGUGCAUCGACAGGCCCAAUGGAUACGAGUGCCGUUGUGCAGAAGGGUUUGAGGGUAGACUCUGCGAAAGCAACAUCGAUAACUGCCAGCCCGACCCGUGCCACCAUGGCACCUGUAUAGACGGCAUCGCCAGCUACACCUGCAACUGCGUGCCAGGUUACACUGGAUACCGGUGCGAGAACCAACUCAAUGAGUGCCAUAGUAACCCCUGUCAAAACGGUGGAAAGUGCGUGGACCUGGUCAACAAAUACAUCUGCCAAUGCCAGCAUGGCACCUCAGGCACCAAUUGUGAAAUCAACUUUGAUGACUGUGCCAGCAACCCAUGCGACUAUGGGAUCUGCAAGGAUGGCAUAAACCGUUACGACUGUGUAUGCAAACCUGGCUUUACUGGUCCGAAGUGUAACGUGGAGUUGGAUGAGUGCUCGUCAAACCCUUGCCGCAACGGAGGCACUUGCGUGGACGAGGAGAAUGGGUUCCGCUGUCUGUGUCCUGCGGGUUUCCAUGAACCAUACUGCUACUCUCAUGUAGAUGUGUGCAGCAAUAGCCCGUGUGCGCAUGGAACCUGCAGGGAAGAUCCUAACGGGUACCGCUGUGAUUGUGAGCCUGGGUGGACAGGAAAGAACUGUGAUCUGGACCGCAAUGACUGUCUGCCCAGCCCGUGUCUGAAUGGUGGCACCUGUGUCGAUCAGCUGAACGGUUUCACCUGUAAAUGUCGUCAGGGCUUUAGAGGUAAUCUAUGUCAGGAUAACAUCAACGAGUGUGCGUCUAGCCCCUGUCUGAAUCACGGCACCUGCGUGGACGGCAUAGCAAGUUUCACCUGCCGGUGCGAGCCACCUUACAGCGGGCCUACCUGUGCAGAGGAGCCGUGCUCGCCCAACCCUUGUGCCAACAACGCUGCAUGCAUUCACUCUCGCGAUUAUCUUGGCUACAAGUGCACCUGCCCGCCCGGAUGGCAAGGCCAGCUAUGUACCAUUGACGUGAAUGAGUGCAGUUCUAACCCAUGCAAGAACCGCGGCACCUGUUCCAACACGCUCGGCGGAUAUGUGUGCUCCUGCCGCAACGGCUACACGGGACCUAACUGUGAAACUGACAUCAAUGACUGUCUGCCAAAUCCAUGUCUCAGUGGAGGCUCCUGCACAGACGGCAUUAACACUUUCUACUGCACCUGCCUGCCUGGCUUUACAGGCCCACGUUGCGCCAUUGAGGUGAAUGAGUGCCAGAGCGUCCCCUGCAAAAACGGAGGCACUUGCACUGACUACGUCAACAGCUACACUUGCACGUGCAAACCAGGCUUUACCGGCCUCCACUGUGAGACCAACAUACCUGACUGCACAGAGAGUUCUUGCUUUAAUGGUGGAACAUGUGUGGACAAGAUCAACGGCUUUUCCUGCAUGUGCCGCUCCGGGUUCACCGGUGAGCACUGCCAGAAAGAGGUGAACGAAUGCGACUCACAGCCCUGUUUCAACGGAGGAGUGUGUCACGAUGGUGUAAAGACGUUUCACUGCUCCUGCCCCAAAGGAUACACUGGCAACCGCUGUCAGAUGCCUGUGGAGUGGUGUAGGCGCUCAAACCCGUGUCAGAACGGUGGCCGGUGCAGAUCCAAGGACGGUUCAUUCACCUGCGACUGUGUGGGAAGCUGGUCUGGACGCUACUGUGACAUCCCGGGAGUCUCCUGUGAGGUGGCAGCUUUCCAAAGAGGUCUUCAGACAGAUGAUCUUUGCGAUCACGGUGGUCACUGCGUUAACACCGGAAACACACACUACUGCAAGUGUCCGAUGGAUUACACAGGCAGCUACUGUGAGAGUCAGGUGGACCACUGUGAGGACAAACCAUGCCUCAAUGGUGCCACCUGUAGAGGCUAUGUGGGAGGAUACACGUGUGAUUGUUUGGCAGGGUAUGAUGGACAGAACUGUGAGAGGGAGAUCGAUGAGUGCCGCUCUUAUCCAUGUCAAAACGGAGGAACCUGCAUCGACCUGGUGGGCCACUACAUCUGCUCCUGCCCUCCUGGCACAAGGGGUGUCUUGUGUGAAAUAAACGAGGACGACUGUGCCACACCGUCAUGGCCCCGUGGCACACCGAAGUGCCAGAACAACGGCACCUGUGUUGACCGGGUGGGUGGAUACCGCUGCAACUGUCCUCCUGGGUUCACCGGAGACCGCUGUGAAGGCGACAUUAACGAGUGCCGCUCGAACCCAUGCAACCCGGCUAACAGUCUGGACUGUAUCCAGCUGCCAAACGAUUACCAGUGCGUCUGCAAGUCUGGCUUCACAGGACAAGGAUGUCAAAACAGGUUCGGAGUGUGCGAUUCUCAGCCCUGUAAAAAUGGUGGCGUGUGCUCAAUGUUCAGCAGCUCCCCACUAGGAUACAGUUGCACCUGUCAGCUGGGCUACGCCGGGUUGAACUGCGAGCGCAGUAUGUCCUGCCGUGAGCUCUCCUGCUAUAACGGCGGUAGCUGCACCCAGACACAGCGUGGCGCCCGCUGCUCAUGUCCACAUGGCUAUGCAGGUACGCAGUGCCAGGAGCGUGCUAACGAGAGCUGCUUCUCCAAGCCAUGUCGCAAUGGAGGCACUUGUAGAGAAGAGCCUUCCUUCCCCUUCUUCAGCUGUCAAUGCCUGUCAGGCUGGCGAGGAAAGCGUUGUGAGCUGGAAUCUCGAAUAAUGGAGAUCCCAGUGCCCAUCUGUCCGCUGCCUGACUGCCAUGAAAAGGCCAAUGACAGCGUAUGUGACAAGGAGUGCAACUCGUUUGCUUGCCACUGGGAUGGCGGAGACUGCUCGCUGGCCGUAAACCCGUGGGCACACUGCACUGACCUGAGCUGCUGGCGUGCCUUUAACAACAGCCAGUGUGAUGAAACAUGCAACACGGCCGAAUGCCUCUACGAUAACUUUGACUGCAAGAGCAAAGAAAAAGUCUGCAACCCCAUCUACGAGACGUACUGCAUGGACCACUACGCUGACGGCCGCUGCGAUCAGGGCUGUAAUAAUGAAGAGUGCGGCUGGGACGGUUUGGACUGUGCUAGAACAGUUCCAGAAGAGUUGGCCAGCGGCGUGCUGGUCAUCGUGGUGCUCUUGCCGCCUGACGAGUUACUCCGCACAGGCACAGCUUUCCUACAGAAGCUCAGUAGCAUCCUGCGCACGUCCCUUCGCUUCAGACUUGACCACAACGGAGAGGCCAUGAUCAAGCCUUACACACGGCGUGAGGCACGACUCAAGCGGGAGCUCCAACCUCAUAAUGAGGUCAUUGGAUCAAUCGUGUAUUUGGAGAUCGAUAACCGUCUGUGCUCCCAGGACUCGGAUAACUGUUUCCCCACAGCUGAAAGUGCAGCAGAUUAUCUGGGAGCUCUUUCUGCUCGGGAAAUGCUGGGGAAAUUCCCUUAUCCACUCAAAGAAGUCCGCAGUGAGUUUAUACCCGACCCGGGUGAUCUGCCUAAAUGGGGCAAGGUGCUUCUAGUAGGUGUUGCGACGCUCUUUCUGAUGGUCAUCGUGGUGGUGGGAAUGCUGAUCGCUAGACGUAAACGUGAACACAGCACACUCUGGUUCCCAGAAGGCUUCUUCCUUAAGAAAGACACCAGCAGUAACAAGAACCGCAGAGAACCUGUAGGACAGGACGCUCUAGGCAUGAAGCACAUGCCAAAGACAGUGGAAGAGUCCUUACUGGGAGACCACAGUGACCAGUGGAUAGACACAGACUGUCCUGAGGCCAAGAGACUGAAGGUGGAGGAGCCGAGUAUUCUCUCAGACAGUGAGGACGCCGUUGACAGCAGGCAGUGGACACAGCACCACCUGGCAGCAGCAGACAUCCGUAUGCCCCCAUCCAUGGCUCUCACCCCACCACAGGGUGAAUUUGACAGCGAUUGCAUGGACGUUAACGUACGGGGACCAGAUGGCUUUACUCCACUGAUGCUGGCUUCGUUCUGCGGUGGAGGACUAGAGCAGGAAGUGGCCGAGGAGGAUGACUCAGAAGAGUCUUCAGCUAACAUUAUAUCAGACCUCAUCUACCAGGGGGCAUCAUUGGGUGCCCAGACGGACCGGACCGGAGAAACAGCUCUUCACUUAGCUGCCCGCUAUGCUCGUGCUGAUGCUGCUAAACGCCUCCUGGACGCAGGGGCCGAUGCCAACGCACAGGACAAUACGGGUCGCACACCUCUGCACGCUGCUGUCGCUGCUGAUGCUCAGGGCGUUUUCCAGAUUUUAAUCAGGACACGGGCGACAGAUUUGGAUUCACGCAUGUACGACGGCUCCACAGCUCUGAUCUUGGCCGCUCGGUUGGCGGUAGAGGGAAUGGUGGAGGAGCUCAUCACCUGCCAUGCCGAUGUUAACGCUGUUGAUGAGCUCGGUAAAUCUGCAUUGCACUGGGCUGCAGCUGUGAAUAAUGUUGAAGCCACUAUCGCCUUGUUAAAAAAUGGAGCCAAUAAAGACAUGCAGGACCUAAAGGAGGAGACGCCACUCUUCUUGGCUGCAAGGGAGGGCAGCUGUGAGGCAGUGAAGGUCCUGUUGGCCCACUUCGCUAACCGUGAAAUUACAGACCACAUGGACAGACUGCCUCGUGACAUUGCUCAGGAGCGCAUGCACCACGACAUCGUUCAGCUACUGGAUGAGUACAACACUGUGCGCAGCCCGCAGAGCCACGCUGGCACAGGACACCACCUAGCAGGAGGCCAUGCUCUCUCGCCCCUCAUGUGUCCACCGGGUAAUUUCCUGCCCAGUCUGAAAAACACACCACAGGGCAAGAAGAACCGCCGGCCAGGUGCUAAAGGAAUAGGCGGACAGCAUGGGAACAGUCUAAAGGAUGCCGCAAAGGCACGAAACAAGAAGCUGACGCUGGACAUGCAGAGUGCAUUGCUGGACAGUUCAGUGACGCUAUCGCCUGUGGACUCGCUGGACUCGCCACGUGGUGGUGCCAGUAACGCUGGCUAUGUCACAAACCCAGCCUCUCCAGCUGCUAUGCCCUCUCCAGGGAUCUUCCACUCAGUGCCCAAUACUCCAAUGGUGCACAGUGGUAUGAUGGAUGCUGGUGGUCCUUUCACAGUUUCUUUAGCCGGAUUGAACGAGCUGAGUCAAGCCACCCACACCUACGCUCUCAACCCUGGGCAGAUGAGCCUGGGCAUGGGAUUGGUAAGCCCAGUGAGCGUACCGUUUGACUGGCACAGCCGUGCCCCACAGACCCCACAGUGUCCUCAGCCCAUGGUGAACUUGGUGCACCCAGGAACACCAGGAGCGAUGCAGCCUGCCGCUGUACUCAUGCACCAGCAGCAGGUUUUCCGCAACACCCAGCAGCCCAUGUUGCAGCCUACGCCAGUGUCCAGUACGCCCACUAUCAGCCCUGUCAAACUGCCUUCGAUCGCAGAACAGCAGCAACAACAGCAGCUCCAUGCUCACGGCCUGACCAACCAACAGGCCCUGUUGAGCUUGGGUGCCUCGACACCCCCCACUCCGCAGCCUCCUCAAACCUUCUACCAGCAACCGCAGCAGAGUCAGGCACAAUCCCAGCAGCCCCAGCAGCAGCAGCCGCCCCAAACCCCUGCUGUCUCACAGAGCCAGACUGCUCCUCCACAAGUCUCCCAGGCUCCCCCAGUGCAGGCCAGCAGCAGCACCACAAGCGCAGGAUUGGAGGAUUACCCCACACCUCCUUCUCAAAGUAGCUACACCUCCGCCAUUGACGCUACACCCAAGCAUUACCUGCACGUGCCAAACGAGCACCCCUACCUGACCCCAUCUCCUGAGUCUCCAGAGGCAUGGUCAAGUCCUUCCCCGCACUGCGUUUCCGAUUGGUCUGACUCCACCCCAAGUCCGACAGUCUCAGCCCCUGCCUCUUCUCACACCCAAAUUCCUCACACUUCUGAAGCCAGUGGAAAGAUGCAAGUGUUCGCGUGAGCAGAACUUCAGGAAGGAGUGUCUCUCGUUUAAAAAAAAAAAUAAAAUCUGUCAGCCCGUUUCCAAGAUUUUAAUUGGAUGAGGAUUGACUUGGCGUUUGCUAAUUGGACAGUCUGCCGGGUGUCGUCUGCAGAGAAAACAAGUAAAGGGAAAAUUGUGUUGUCUUAAAAAGAAAAGACAAUUAAUGAAGUAAGACGUUCUGUCACAGAUGGACUUGUGUGUGUGUAUGUUUUUUUUAUUAUUAUUAAAAAAUUAUAUGAAGAAGAAAAACCACGUCUUUCAUUUCAAAGACUUGGGGACGCUUUUCCUGACACUAACAAACUUUUUUUAAAAGUAGAUUAAGAGAAAAGUUGAAGGAAAAAUCCUUUCUUUCUUUCCUUUUUUUAUUUAUUGUCUCAAAAACUGCAUUCCUCUAAAACUGCCUUGUGGGUGUCCUGUGGCUCUGUCUGUCUCCGCUUCUUACAGCUGUUACGCUCACAACAGAAGCUCAUGAUUAGUUGCUUACAUCCUUUUCCCUCCGUCUACCACUGAAGUCACUUACAGAAAGACAGAAAGAGCUGGACAUGUCACCUUUUUAUGUGGUAUUAUUUAUUUAGGCCAGUGUUACUCCACCAAAUUUGGCGUCACAGAUUACCUAGCCAUGUUGAAAUUGUUAAGUUAGUGAUAUAUUUUUUAUUUGAUGAACUGACCUACAGUGAACUGAUACAUUCCGUAGGAGUACUAUCUAUCUAUCUAUAUAUCUAUCUAUCUAUGUGGGGCAAUAAUGUCGAAAGGCAUUUCUGAAGCACUUCUAAGGCCGAGCGUGUAAGAUUUAAAUUGAUAGCUGCUGUGUGGGGAAUUUUAUCGCUUAUAAUAAAGUACGGCAGCGUUCAAGUGUUAAUUUCGAUUGAGCCUAGCCCACAAAGGGGCCGUUUUCUCAUUUACUUCCUUUAGCUUUCGUUCCAAGGUCACUUGUAUGUUAACUCGGCUGCCCUUUUAGUCUGUGUUUUUUUUGUUUUUUGUUUUCUUUGGGGUUGUAAAAGUUUUAUUUUUGAUGUUUUUAAUGCUUUUUUAAAAUUCUGUUCCUUAUAACCUUGGUUACCUUUGGGACAUCACUAUGACGUGAUAAGCUGUGUUUUUAUAGGCUGCUGCUUCCUGUCGCUUCACGGUGACGCCUCUAUAUCACUGCCAACCAGAGCCCUUCAUUUCACACAAUUCCAGCUUCUUAACUCGACCAGAAGAACCUCCUCAGUUAGCUUGUGACCCCUGGUCCAUUUUUUGCUUUUUUUUUUUGUUUUUGUCCUAUCGCUUAAUUUUCAUAGGGUCCGAUCAUAUUCAUGGCCGACAUGUCGUGUUAGUCAUGUAAACUCUGCGUAUGUAUCCAUGUACGAAUCAGGGGUGUGUCAAGGUCCGAAGAGGUGGCUAGUGGGCUGCUAGCGCUCUGUCACUCCUCAGGGAGGUGUUAUAUAGCAUGCAGUGUAGUCUGCAUAUCUAGCAGCCUUCACCCAGUCGGGCCUGGAGGAUGGCGUCUGCCCUGCGUGGCCUGAACGCGCGCCAAUGGAGUGAACGCUGCUAUGUAGUGCUGCCCCCUGCUGUCAGCUGCAGGUACAGGCGCUUAUUUCUCUGUAAAAUCUCAUCCCAAGUGUAAGAUCUAGUUCUGUUCUAUUCAUGUUUUUGAAACCAAAUUUCGAUUCUUGUUUUAUUAAAUUUUUUUUUGGGAGAUUUUUUUUGUAUUCAUCCUUCCAUAACAAAAAAAAAAGAAAACAGGCUUCAUUUCAACACGCUGAGUGAAUAGCGUGUUUAAUGGGUUUGGAAAUGUAUUUGUUAAAUCUAUCAGGAUUUUUUUUUUUUUAUUUAAAUCCUAAUCAUUUAAAGACAUUUUUUUCAGGCCUUCCGUCAUGUCUCAGUCUUCCUCAGCGCUCUGGAUAUUUUGAAAUUUCAGCAUUUUCUUUUGUACAUACGGUUGUCUCGAUUAGGUCUGUGUGUAAGAGAAGUCUAAUGUUUCUAAAAAAAUGAUUAUGUACUAAAAAAAAGACAAAAAGUAAAUGUACCUUCUAUUAGCUUUUUUUUUGUUCAUUUUUUUAUUUUGUUUAAACGAGGAUGUGACUGAUUAUAUAUUGGUCUUGCAUUACUAGAACAGCCAUAGAUAUAUUUUUUUCUGUGUUUAUUAUUAAUUCCUAUACUUGUUUAAAAGUAGUUUAAAUAUCAUUGUAUAUAAACACUUUUUUCACAUUGUUUCUUUCUACAGGCAUAAAGUUGUAAAAUAAGUUACUUCUAAUAAAACAGUAGGGAACUACA